UAUGGAGGAGCUCCUGGAGGGCCUUCGUUCCCCGGACAAACUCAGGAUCCGCUCUAUGGUUACUUCGCUGCUGUGGCUGGACAGGAUGGACAAAUUGAUGCUGAUGAGUUGCAGAGAUGUCUAACACAGUCUGGCAUUGCUGGGGGAUACAAACCUUUUAAUCUGGAGACUUGUCGCCUUAUGGUUUCAAUGUUGGACAGAGAUAUGUCUGGCACCAUGGGAUUCAAUGAAUUUAAAGAGCUCUGGGCUGUGCUGAAUGGCUGGAGACAACACUUCAUCAGUUUUGACAGUGACAGGAGUGGAACGGUGGAUCCCCAGGAACUGCAGAAGGCUCUGACGACGAUGGGAUUCAGAUUGAACCCCCAAACUGUGAAUUCAAUUGCAAAGCGAUACAGCACCAGUGGGAAGAUCACCUUUGAUGACUACAUCGCCUGCUGUGUCAAACUGAGGGCUCUCACAGAUAGCUUUCGAAGACGGGAUUCUGCUCAACAAGGAAUGGUGAAUUUCUCAUAUGAUGAUUUCAUUCAGUGUGUCAUGACCGUCUAAGUCAAGAAGAAGUUGUCUGAAUAUACUCAACAUUCCAACUGGAGCCCAAGCUUGCUUCCUCCUGCCUUCAGUGCUGUGUGCAGAUUUCCAACAACACUCCCUGACAACUGUUGAACGGGAUUGUGACUUUAUAUACAACCGAAGCUUCAUUUUUAAUUUUGAUAAUAAAUCCCUGAGGUUCAAUUAAUAUAAGAACAAGUGUGUUGUACCAGCCAGAACCUCCUUGAGCCACUAUUAACCAGGCCUUAUUUUCCUGCUGUCUUUUAUAUAAACUUAAGUAUGCAGAGAGUUUAAAGCAUAUUGUAUAUUUUCUUGUGACAUGAAAUCUUUUCAUCAGAUUUAGCUGUUGUCCUUUCUUGCCCUGGAGAAUGUGGUUGUGUUUUGUGUGAGAUAUUCUUAUAUAAGUGAUGUGGGUCCACAGGGUGCAAAACAAACCAGUGCACAAGGUAAUAUACACACUAGAAAGAAGUGCCAGCUCCAGGACUCACCGGGCUUAAAAGCCUUGGUUGGACAGAGGUAUUGAAUGACUGUCUUCCUCUUUAGAAACCAAUAGAUAAUUUGUCACAACAUCCUCCUCUGUCAUCUAUCCAAACUGUUGUUAAUUAUACCUAAAAGUCUUCUAUAUUAUAAGCUUAAAAUUCACAGGAAAAGACUAAAAAGGGAGAUAAGAAUAUAUUAACUGUUUAUCUUUGACUGAUGGGAUUCUAGAUGACUUUAAUUUCCUUUACAUGUAUUUCCAUAUCUCACAAAAUUUUAUAAUGUGUAUGCUUCCAUCUUAAAACCAGAUGUUGGGGGCAGAGAGACAGCUCAGCAGUUAAGAGCAUGUACUGCUCUUGCAGAGGACUCAAGUUCCCAGCGCCCAUGUUGGGUGACUUAAGCACUGCCUCUGGCCUCCACAGGCACCUGCACUUGGAUGCACAUACCCUGGAACAGAUGUGUAUGCACAAUCAUAACUAAAAGUAAUAAGAAUAAGAAAACCAGACAGAAUCAUUCUUAAAACAUUGUUGAAAUCCAUUUUUAAAUGUCAUGUGUUAAUGUACUUAAACAUGCACAAGAAAGGAAUUUAAAUGAAUGAGUCAAUUGUUGAUCUGGCUUAAAACACUGGGAGUAGGAUCUCUCUUCCCACUAAAUUUCCAAGUGUUCUACAAUCAGGUUACACACACACACACACACACACACACACACACACACACACACGCACACACACGCACACACGCGCGCGCAUGUAAUUUUUUUUUCAAAUGUUUGAAUAAUUGGCUUGCUGGCAAUGCCUUGCUAUGUAUGUGGCUUGGUCAUUUUAUGUAAGGACAAGACACCCAGUGUUGCCACCUUUGAAGAGAAUUCUUAUCCCAUGGGGUAGUUCUGAGUAUGCAGAAGUGUGUUGAUAGAAAGAGCAUCUGCCGUAUUUGUUUCUUACAGUUAGCUAAAAAUGAUAAGAUUCUCGCUAGCAAUGCAUCUGUCUUGUCAGGAACAAUGUGAACGUGACCAAGUGAAUGAUUAACUCUCAACAGGUGAAAUAAACAUUUCAUAAGCCUCUCCA